UGACAUUUUGUUGAAAAUCACAUUAAUUGAUUUCGUUUCACUAGCCAAAAGGAAUCCAAAGUUCUAGUUAAAAAAAAUGAAGGUGGUAUAUAACGCUUUGUUUAAAAGGACUUCAACAUAUGUGUUGGCAAUUAUGGGCUCAGUGUUCUUCUUUGAGAGAGGAAUGAACGUGCUUGCUGAUACUGCCUUCGAUUCCUACAACAAAGGCAAAUUGUGGAAGGACAUCAAGGGAAAAUACGAGUAAUUUAAUUCUUUUAAAAUAUGUUAAAUUUCUUUAAAUGAAAUAUUCGAUUUAAUUAGAAUAAAUUUAAAAUUUUAU